AUGGGGGCUGUGGCCAUCACACCCCCCCAGGUCAAGAGACGCAGCUGUCCGGCCCAGCGGAAACCCCUCCCAGCUGUCCUGACCUUCAUGCCCAGCUCCCUUCAUCCAGAUUCGCCACCCCCUGCCCACUGGCUGUGUGCCUGCCCUUCCCGGGGGCUGUACCACUUCCCUGACCCAAUCCAACAAGACAGAGCCUCAGUGGACCUGAGUGUCUACUAUGCCUCCUCUGACCAAAGCCAGUGGACUCUUGGAGGUAUGCAGUGCCAGGACCUGGCCACCAGGGAGCAGCAAGGCUUCUACUCAGUGCUGCUGGAAGAAUCGUCAGGCAAACAGCUGAGAGGGAGCUGCAGGCACCCCCGGAAAAAGCCACAGGGUGACCCAGGACCCAGGAGCAUGCGGCUGGCAGCAGAAGAGACAGCUGCCCAGCUACGGGUGACCCUGCUGCCCACACCCAACAGCAGCGGGCUGAGCCGGGAGCUUGAAGGCCGUUGGCCCGAGAGCCCUGCGGCAUCCCCAUGUGUGGCUGGAGUCAUCCCUGUCAUCUACUACAGCAUCCUCCUGGGCCUGGGGCUGCCUGUCAAUCUCCUGACUACAGUGGCCCUGGCCCGCCUCGCCGCCAGGACCCGGAAGCCCUCCUACUACUAUCUUCUGGCACUCACGGCCUCGGACAUCGUCACCCAGGUGGUCAUCGUGUUCGUGGGCUUCCUCCUGCAGGGAGCCGUGCUGGCCCGAGAGGUGCCCCAGGCCGUGGUGCGCACAGCGAACAUCCUGGAGUUUGCUGCCAACCACGCCUCGGUCUGGAUCGCCGUCCUGCUCACGGUGGACCGGCACAGAGCCCUGUGCCACCCCCUGCGCCACCGGGCCACCUCGUCCCCGGGCCGGGCCCGCCGGGCCGUCGCUGCUGUCCUCAGUGCCGCGCUGCUCACUGGCAUCCCCUUCUACUGGUGGCUGGACGUGUGGCGGGACACGGACCCGCCCAGCACACUGGACGAGGUGCUCAAGUGGGCUCACUGCCUCACUGUCUAUUUCAUCCCUUGUGGCGUUUUCCUGGUGGCCAACCUGGCCAUCGUCCGCCGGUUGCAGCAGAGGGGCCGGAGCGGGCCGCGGCCCCAGGUGGGCAAGAGCACCGCCAUCCUCCUGGGCGUCACCACGCUCUUCGCCCUCCUCUGGGCACCCCGCAUCUUUGUCAUGCUCUACCACCUGUACGUGGCCCCCGUCUACCGCGACUGGAGGGUCCACCUGGCCCUGGAUGUGGCCAACAUGGUGGCUAUGCUCAACACCGUCGUCAACUUCGGCCUCUACUGUUUCGUCAGCAAGAGUUUUCGGGCCACUGUCCGAGAGGUCUUCCAGGACACCCACCUGCCCUGCACCCUGGGGUCGCGGUCAGUGGGCACGGUGGCAGAGCCUAUGCUGAAACCUCUGGGACUCCCCAAGGGGGCAGAAUUGUAG